AUUUAGAUCAAUUAAGUCUUCUUUAUAAAAAAAGUUGAAAAUUUUCAUUCAUUGUGUUGAGGGUUAGAAGAGAAGAUGGAGAACUCGGCGAUUUUGAGAGAGUGGUUCGAGCGGGUUGACACCGACAAAAUCGGUAGUAUCACUGCAGUUCAACUCAAGAGUGCUUUUGCAAUUGGAAAUUUACAAUUUCCUAUCACUGUUGUCCAGCAAAUGAUCAGGAUGUGCGAUUUUGAUCAGAAUGGAACCAUGAGUUUUCAAGAGUUUGUUGAACUUAACAAGUUUCUGCUGAAGGUGCAACAUGUGUUCUCAGACUUGGAGAGGGGUCGUGGAUUUCUUGUCCCAGAUGAUGUUUAUGAGGCCUUGAUAAAAAUUGGAUUCCGCCUCGACUCUCCAGCAUUAUACACUGUCUGCGAGAGUUUUGAUAGGAACAAGAAUGGAAAAUUCAGGCUUGAUGACUUCAUAUCUCUUUGUAUCUUUGUACAGUCUUCACGGAACCUUUUUGAUUCAUUUGACACAACCAAGCAAGGCCGAGUGACUCUUGAUAUUAAUCAAUUUAUCUACUGCACUGCCAAUUGUCGAAUCUGAGAUCAUUGUCUCACUAUCCAGUUCCCAAUUGCUGCUAUUAUUAGCAUUUAGUAAGAUGCUUUGUACGAUUUCUGUAAAAUGCUAGACGUUAGCGGUGUAUGGUUGGAGCACUAAGAAGUCAUUUGGUUGUGUACAAGUUAUAUCAGGAAUGAAAAGGUGCAUGUAGUUUCAGUAUUUGUUUAGACAUUCACUUAUAACCUGAAUCUGGUCUGAACUCAUUUGCUUGUAUAAGACUUUAGAAUUAUCAAAUUUUAAUUACGUUAAAUAAACAAUAAUAAUUUUAAGAGGAAA